CAUGGCCUUUUUGUUUUGUAUCCCUCCCCAGGAUUACCUCCUUCGGAAGAGUUCAAAGUCGAUAUCAUUGCUGUCCAUGGCCUGAAUGGCACACUGAGAGGAACCUGGACUGAUAAGGCUGCCAACACUUUAUGGCUCGAGGAUUUCCUUUCCAGUGCCAUUCCUGAUGCGAGGAUAAUGACGUUUGGAUAUGAUUCCAAGUUGAUGCUCAGUCAUUCAAGAGACAGUAUUGAAGAUUUUGCGACCGAGUUGUUGAACCAGAUAUGGAUGCUGAGGCUGUCACAAAAGGAUAAAUGUCGACUUCUUGUAUUUAUUGCUCACAGUCUGGGGGGAAUAGUUGUGAAGAAGGCAAUCAUUCUUGCCCAUGGAAACAAUCACCACUACGGCCACAUCGCUUCGUCGACGAUCGGAAUAGUCUUUCUGGCCACGCCUCACCAAGGAAGUGAUCUUACCAGAUGGGCGUCACUACUGACCCUUAUAUCGAAGAAUCGACUAAUAAGGUCAGACCUUAUUGAUACACUGAAACCUCAAUCUUCGGUGCUAUCCCAAAUCUCAAAGUCAUUCUUGCCCCGAUCGUCAGAUCUCGCAAUCAUGUCUUUUGUCGAGAAGCAGGUUGAACCCCGACUUUUGGUAUUGGUAGUUCCCGAGGAAUCUGCUAAGAUGGGUGUUCCAAACGAGAUGGUAUUCCCGGUGCAGGCACACCAUCGGAGCAUCUGUCGUUACUCUUCACGGGACGACCCCACGUACGUCUUGGUUGUCGCUUCACUCAAGAUGAUGAUGGAAAAGCAGCUCUCCCAAGGUGCGCAUCUGAAACUUGCGAGUAGUUACGGGGACUCUCAUACGCUGAAUAUUCGGGUCAAUGGGCUGAAAGGAAAAAUAACCGCAACGGAGAGAGGUUGGAUUCCGAGAUGUCGAGUCCUUACAAUACCUGGUACGAUGGAAUACGAACAUAUCAUGGAUACUUUGCAGAGAGCAGACCCAGGUGACUUAUCUGAGACUUCCAACUUACCUGACAAUAUAGAUAUUGUUAUCCCAAACAAACUCAGGUUUUGCGGCCGCCCUUCCGAUAUAUCUUCAAUAUGGCAUGACUGUUUCACGAUCUCUGCGCAAGUCACGAAAAACCAACCAUGCUACAAAGUAGAAAUGGGACGUCAAAUUAGCAUGAAACAGACCAUUGCUUCGUUCUUCAGCAAAGUUUUCCCAGACCCCAUUACUGCGAGACUUAAGAUACACCAGAUUCAGACGGAGAGUGGAACUGGCGAGUCUCAUUGCAUCUCAGUGGGACAGAACAACAUUCCUGCUAUCGAAAUCUCAAUCAUGCGCACUUCCCUGGUAGAGGGAGAUAUCAGAUUGCAGCCGCCAAAAGGUCUUAGGACAUUCCCGCUGUUCAAUACUCAAGCAUAUAAAGAUAAACUACCUAUUAAAGCGGCUACACGAGGAGGACUCUUCCUACCGAUGCACGAUCACGAAGCUAUGUUCAUCUCCCUCAAUUCUCGAGAGAAUUAUAACUACAGGCACUCGGAGAGUCGCUCUCUAGCUGUCCAUCCCUUCAUUGGUAGAAUGAAUAUAAUCACCGGCCAGCAGCUGUUUUCGGAUAAUCCUAGGUCGACAGAUAUGCAAGACUACAUCAUAGCGCCUAAACAGCAUCGCUUAGACGGCAUAGCGGUUCGGCGCGGCAUGGUCAAGCAGUUUGUUACAUCAAAUCUAAAACCAAGCACCCUCAGCCACCAUACAGCUGCUCUAAAUGCUCCUUCUCUAGUCAACAGCCUUCCAGAGGUCAACUCAAGCAAAAAAACCGUCAAAUGGCAAAUGAGUGGCAAGGACGAAUAUAGCAGCAUGCAGCUACAGGUCAUCCCUCAGUUUAAGCUUGAACAUAUUUUCGCUAGAAACAUCAAAGAUGUCUGCUCUGUGUCAAGCGACGGCCAUCUCGAGUCAUAUCGGCCUAUUCCAGAUAAUGCGACUCGGUUCAACGUUCUGAAGACGCCCGAGGAACUCGGGCUUUGUGUUGGCGAUGUCAUAUAUAUCAAAAAUUUGAGCCAGAGACAUCGACCCCGUGGCAGAGUAGUAAGAGAUUUAUUUUCCGAAGCGCCGAAACAGUCGGAUAUACUGGAUAUGAAAGCCGUAUACGAUUUAUCCGAUGAGAUAACCCUCUCAAUAAGAUGUCCUGGGUCGGAGCAUGGACCUAUUAUUCUCUUCAAGGUACAAUACAACCCUGAACCGCUCUCAUGCUUUGGAACGUCUAUUGAUACUAAAUCUGCGUAUACGCCCACCAGAUCCUAUCAUCAUGGGGGUCGGUGCCGGAGGAAUUAUCGCCCAAGAAAUCAUGGUCGGUAG